CAGGCAGCGAGCGAAGGAGCCAGGCUUAAGGCGUGGGAUAGCUUCAGAGACAGGGGGGAAGAAACACACAGCAACUGAAAUCAGGGAAUGGAUUCAACCGGAAGUAAAGCUUCUCGAGAGUCCAAUGAGGGGUUCAGCAGCGAGGAAGACGGGGACUGCGACGUCUUCCUUUCCGACAGUGACUCUGACAGGGUCUCCAAGGAUGUCACCCCCUGCAGGGCCAGGCCAAUGGGGCUCCCCCUCCGUGAUCAGUCUGCCUUUGUUGGCAUGGGCACGACUUCUGCUAGCAAGGUACCUUCGCCAGGGCCUCGAGCCUUCAUCCCUCAUCCCAUGUCGGCCUCCCAUCACAAGAAGCCACUGGAGAAUAUCUAUUUUGCCUCGGCCCCUGUGUGGCCGUGCCCGUCUCUGCCGGGUAGCGCCAGUCUGGGCCGAGCAUGGAAGCUCUCCCUCGACGGUGUUAGUCAGUACCCCCAGAGGUUCCUAAGCAGGGGUCUGAAGCGGAGAAGGGAAUGGGAUGUGUCCAAGCAGCAGGGGACAGACCUGAGUGAAAAGAUGCCUCGCGUCAAGACAAGAGGAGACCUACUUUUUGCGCAGAAGUGUAAGGAACUCCAGGUGUUUAUCCGGCCGCUGACUAUCCUUCUUGAUGGACUAAAGACUGGACGGUACAACAAAGGUCUCACCAGUUUUCAGCAAAGCGUUGCUAUGGACCGGAUCCAGAGGAUCAUAGGUGUUCUGCAGAAGCCAGGAAUGGGGGAGCGUUACUUAGGCACACUGCUUCAAGUGGAAAUGAUGCUAAAAGUUUGGUUCCCUCACGUCACCAUGGCAACGCCGGGCACUGAAGGCUCUGGGCCUACAGGAAGUGGAUGCAAUGCAAGAAAGCAGUUUCGGACUGGGUCAUCGGAGACCAGUUCCUCGUGGGAGUCGCUUUCUCCUUCCUCGUCCCGAAGACAAUCGUUCAGUGACAGCGGCCCCCAGGAUCAAGCGGGUACCUCAUCGUCAUCCGGGAGCUGGGAGGAGAGGCCUGAGCUCCAGGAAGGUCCAGCAGAAGGGGUGGCUUGUUACGGUAACCCAGGAGGACUGUCUGACCGCUCCCAAACCCUGCAGUGUCUCACUUUGGUCAUGCAGGACAGCCCAGAACUCCACUCCUCCACCCGCUCUGGCACUCUCUGGCCGGUCCAGGGGGCCUGGGCUUCCACCGUCAGGACCCCAGCCUGCCAGAGGCGCCCAGGCAGGAGCAGCAGUGCGCCCCCAUGCCUCCCUGCCAACCACAGCAGUGCCACAUCCUUGCCCCUUGUCUUGUCGUGCGAUUCCAUCAUGCUGUUGGAUCUAUCAGAGGCUUACGUGCGAUGGAGCCAGAAGUAGGUCCAAGCUCAGCUAGCUCAGGCCUCCUCCCAAGGACUUUUUAAGAGAGGAAUGUCUCAAAGACUUGCAUUUUUAUAGUACUUUUUUGCCACCUCAGGAUGUCCCAGUCAAUGAAGUGUGUGUAAUCACUGUAGAAAAAGCAACCAAAUUACACGCAGCAAGCUCCCACGUAACAAUGGAGACUUGUGUUGGAUUUGAUGUUUGAUGAAGCAUUAAUAUCAGACACUACAGAGAAGUCCUUCCCCCAUAGUCUUCCUCAAGGAUAUUUUAUGGCCACUCGAGAUGGUGGGUGGAGCCAUAGUUUAUUGGUGUUCAAGAUGGUGUUCCCUCAGCACUGACUCUGACAGUGCCCACUCCCUUAGUGCUGACCCUCCUAUGGUGACUGCUCCCUCAGCACCAAACCUCUGACAGUGUCCGGACCCUCAUCAUUGGCACAACAGUGCAGUGCUCCCUCAGCACUGACCCUCUGACAGUGCCCUUUUCCUUGUCGCUGGCACUCCAACAGUGCGGCACUGGCAAUCCAACAGUGUGGAGACGCAGAGACCACUGCCUCAAGUGUCCUUAACUCAUCUGGCAUCGUGAUACAAUCUGCUUGUCAAGUCUGGAUAGAGCGCGCUGUUUUUCCUGGGUAAGGGUUGGCGGUUUGGGACUAUUUUCUGAGGAGAAAAGUACUUUGUGGAUUUGACAGAGCUUUCCAGCAAUCAAUAGGACAUAAUUUUGUGUGACCAACUUUCUUUUUCUUGGGUCAUUCAGCCUUCAUCUGCCAAACUACUCAAUGAUACCUUUGCCUCAUUUUGAGAGGUGUUUGCUUUGUUUAUA